AUGGAGAAAGCAAAAGGCAAAAAGAGCUCCACGAAGUGGGGGGAAGACUAUCUGGCUGGCCAAUCCCAACCUGUAUCGGAAGACGCCAAAGAGAAACAGCAGGUGUAUGGUGAACCAAAGUUACCAGGAACCUCAGCAAGUGGGACCAAACGGAAGAGAUCUAUGAAAGAAGGCAAAGCUUCCUGUUCAGAAAAGACAGCACAAGAGAGUACAAGAGUAAGAAUUCGGAAGAAAAUCCCAGUUCCUCCAUUACCUUCGAAACUGCCACCAGCCAACUUGUUUCACCGAGACAUCCUGCGGGCCUGGUGCCAAGAACUCAAGCUGAGCACCAAAGGCCAGAAAUUAGAUGCAUAUAAGCGAAUCUGCGAAUAUGCUUACCCAGAUCAAAAGAAGAACAUUCCUGUCACCGCAGAGGAGGCCAAGAUUCUCACCCAGACACAAAGAAGGUUGAUGAUGGACAAGGGGGAAAUGUCUCUAGAAAGUCCUGGAACAAAGAUACCUUCUGAUGGAACCUACCCUCCUGAAGUGGCUGCCCCCCCCCCACCCCCCGAGGAGUCUGAUGCUCUCCUGGAGGGGGUCAAUACUGUUGUUGUGACCACUUCGGCCCCAGAUUCCGUGUUUGCCUCCUGGUCCAGAAUUGCAGCCAGGGCUGGGAAGAUGGAGACAGUGGCAUCCCCACAGGAGGCCCAUGGUGCCAAGUGGUGUGUGGUCCAUGGGAGAAGUAUGCCUGCAGGCACAGAAGGUUGGGUUCACCUGCAAUUUCAUGCAGGAUAAGCUUGGGUGCCUGAAAAGCCGGGGAGAGUAUGCGCCCUCUUCUUGCUCCCCGCUUGUAACUUUCCACCCCCACAGCUGGAGGAUAAUAUGCUGUGCCCCAAAUGUGUUCGCAGGAAUAAGGUGUUAAUGAAAAGCCUCCAAUGA